AUGAAAGACGGGGACGCCGUAUUACCUACUAUCCUAAUGACAGCGUUAAAGAAAAAUCGGAAAGAAAUCUGCAGGAUUCUCAUAGAACGUGGCGCAGACAUUAAUGCCUCCGAUUCACUCGGGAGAAGUGCUUUGGUAGUAGCUGCAAAACACAGCGCGGCCAAUUUCUAUUUCUUGAUAAGUAAAGGCGCAGAUGUCAACGUUAGAGUAAAUGAUGAAUCGGAAACGAUAUUGAUGCUAGCUGUGAAAAUGAAACGUCUAGGAUUUUGUCGUCGUCUUUUGGAAGGUGGUGCAGAUUUGAAUGCAAUUUCCAAAACAGGAAAGACUGCUUUGAUUAUAGCUAUAGAGAUGAGAUUUAAAUCAUGUGUCAGACUGCUAAUGGAUGCAGGUGCAGAUGUAAACAUUAAGGAAUGUGGAAAGACAGCUAUUGUAUACGCCAUUGAGGAAUUCUACCCGCCAUCUUAUGUUCAAGCAAUAGCAAAGCGUGGUGCAGAUUUAAACGUGACGAUGAAUGAUGGAGAAACUUUACUGAUGCUGGCAGCAAGGAACCCAUUUUUAAUCGUUUUGGAAUUGAUAUUUUAA